GCAGGGGCCGAGGCAGCGCGGGAGGCGGCGGCUGGCGGCUGGGACUAGAGCGGACGCGGCGGCGCCGGGCGGGGGGCUGACCGGCUGCAGCCAUGAGCCUUGGCGUGUGACAGCCCGGCCCCGGGCGGCCGCGGGGUCGGCCCUCGGCGCCUGCUCGCUCUGCCUUCCCGGCGCCCCAGGACGGCCCGGGGGGCGGCCAUGGCCCCGCGCGGCGCGGGGCUCGGCCGCCUGCUGUCGCUGCUGCUGGUCCUGGCGCGGGCGCGGGGCUUCGGCGACGAGGACGAGCGGCGUUGCGACCCCAUCCGCAUCUCCAUGUGUCAGAACCUGGGCUACAACGUGACCAGGAUGCCCAACCUAGUGGGGCACGAGCUGCAGGCGGACGCCGAGCUGCAGCUCACCACCUUCACGCCGCUCAUCCAGUACGGCUGCUCCGGACAGCUGCAGUUCUUCCUGUGCUCGGUAUAUGUGCCCAUGUGCACAGAGAAGAUCAACAUCCCCAUCGGGCCUUGUGGAGGCAUGUGCCUGUCAGUCAAACGGCGCUGUGAGCCGGUGUUGAGGGAGUUCGGCUUUGCCUGGCCUGAGAGCCUCAACUGCAGCAAGUUCCCGCCACAGAACGACCACAACCACAUGUGUAUGGAGGGCCCGGGUGAUGAGGAGGUGCCGCUGCCCCAUCGGACACCUGGCCAGAGUGGGGAGGAGUGCCGGGGCCUGGGCACCCGCUCAGAGCAAUACAUCUGGGUGCGGAGGGGCCUGCAGUGUGUACUCAAGUGCGGCUAUGAUGCUGGCCUCUAUAGCCGCUCAGCCAAGGAGUUCACUGAUGUGUGGAUGACUGUGUGGGCCAGCCUCUGCUUCCUGUCCACCGCCUUCACCGUGCUCACCUUCCUGGUUGACUCUGCCCGCUUCUCCUACCCAGAGCGGCCCAUCAUCUUCCUGAGCAUGUGCUAUAACCUCUAUAGCGUGGCCUACAUUGUGCGGCUGACUGUGGGCCGGGAGCGCAUUUCCUGUGACUUCGAGGAGGCAGCUGAGCCUGUGCUGGUCCAGGAGGGCCUAAAGAACACGGGCUGCGCCGUCAUCUUUCUGCUCAUGUACUUCUUUGGCAUGGCCAGCUCCAUCUGGUGGGUGGUGCUCACGCUCACAUGGUUCCUGGCGGCUGGUCUCAAGUGGGGCCAUGAGGCCAUCGAGAUGCACAGUUCCUACUUCCACAUCGCUGCCUGGGCUAUCCCGGCUGUUAAGACCAUUGUCAUCCUCAUUAUGAGGCUGGUCGAUGCAGAUGAACUCACAGGCCUGUGCUACGUGGGCAACCAGAACCUGGAUGCCCUAACGGGUUUUGUGCUGGCACCCCUUUUCACUUACCUGGUAGUGGGCACACUCUUCAUUGCCGCCGGCCUAGUGGCCCUUUUCAAGAUCCGCUCCAACCUGCAGAAGGAUGGGACCAAGACGGACAAGCUGGAGCGGCUGAUGGUGAAGAUUGGAGUCUUCUCUGUGCUCUACACCGUGCCUGCCACCUGUGUCAUUGCCUGCUACUUCUACGAGGUCUCCAACUGGGUCCUCUUCAGGUACUCAGCCGAUGACUCCAACACAGCAGUGGAGAUGCUAAAGAUUUUCAUGUCCCUGCUGGUGGGCAUUACCUCAGGCAUGUGGAUCUGGUCUGCUAAGACCCUGCAUACCUGGCAGAAGUGUUCCAGCAGGCUGGUGACAUCCAGGAAGGUAAAGCGAGACAAGCGAGGGAAUGGCUGGGUGAAGGCAGGAAAGGGAAGUGAGACCGUUGUCUAGGGUUUGCCCAGCCUCCAGGCUCCGCUCUCUCCCCAGGGGACAAGGACCAGCAUUUGCAUGCAAGUGUCCCCAAAUGUUGCUCUGCAGUAAACUCUCUUGGAAUAGUCUAGCAAUACUUGGGUGACAUGCCUCUCCCCCCAUGGAACAAUCUAGUAAUACUUUGACAACCAUCCGGCAUCACUGCCACCACAUCACUUGCCCCACUCCCACUCCCCCGCUCUGCCCACUCAGCCCAGCAUCAUGAAACUAAUUCCGCUGCUGCAGACUUUGGAAGGUUCCAGAAUGGAAAAGCUAGUCCAAAGUUUGUUUCACACCAUUGAUCACUUUAGCAGGUUGCAGCCAGGACGCUGGACCACAGCUUUCCCUGCCAACUGGGAGUGGGGCAAGUUUCACCCAGCUCACCCUCUACACCUGGCACACACUAGAAAUGCUGGGUUCAGGGAGGCACUCCCCAGACUUCUAGGGUCUGGCUGAGCUAACAGUGACAUCUUCACUGGUACCUGCUCUCUCUGCUGUUCAGACCCCUCCAGAUUGUUGUCCCAGGAGCUUCUGUCAUGGGACAGAGCUACUUAUACAAACAAGAGGGCAGUGCAGACACGAAGAAGGAAUCCAGGGGACUUUCCUCAGCAUCUCUUGGGUGACUGCUGGUUUCUCCUCUGCAUUCAGAACUCAAAAAAUAGGUUUUUUAAUAGGACUUUUAUUGUUGUUGCACUGCAGUGGAGAAGGUGGUCUCACUUUCUGACAAUCACUGGAUUCAGAGGCAGAGGCUUUUUUCAGUGGACUUACCACCCCCAAUGCCACCAGGCUCUAAGGCCAAAACAAUCAGUCCCUUGGCAACUUGGCAGUCACAUGGAUUAGGUGUAUGUGUGUACAUGCAUGUGUGUGCGUAUAUAUGUGUGUGUGUUUGUUCCAAUUAAAAGCACAUUCUUGACCAAUGACAUCACUGGUUCUCGGUGACUUUAGAACCCCAGUCAGUUCACCUCCCUCCUCAGGGAAAUAGUGCCUUUACUUUUCUACUUUUACAGAAAAAUAUUAUCAAGAGUCUGGUUGACUGAGUACAAUGGAGACUCUAAACUUUUUUUUUCUUUACCCACCCAGUUUUGUAGAAGGGAUAAAGGACACCUCCCCAAAUUUCUUCUGGGUGUAUGAUUCUUUCCUUGUGAUUGGAAAAAUCUGCUGAGGAGAUUUCACUGAAGGCACUGUGGUCUGGAGUAUUUAUGUGCUGUUUAAUGACCUUCCAGAAUGCCAGUUGGGUGUGGGGGUGAGCAGGGACUGAAGGGCAGGCUCCCCUAACCCAGGUCUUAAUUGCCUCCCCAGCUUCAAGGGUCUGCAUUUGAUGUUCUCAGAGAACCCCUGGCAGUAUUCUCCUCAACAUUUGUGGUGCCUCUUAACCUGGCACCACUGACCUCUUUUCACCGGCCUCAGAACUUCUGAUUCCCAAGCCUGGGGGACAGACUGAAUGAAGAUCCCACAGGUCAUUCUGACUUUGUCAGUCACCAGCAUCUGCUCUGCAGUGACUCACCUACUUACAUGUGUCAUUUUGCCCUUUUCUAUUAGUGAAGGACAAGUGGAAGGGACCAGGUGAUGGCAUUCCUAGUAGAGAACACCUGUUACCAUGUGCCAGGACCCAGGCUCAACUCUCUGGUUCCCACCUGCAGGGGGGAAGCUACACAAGUGGUGAACCAAUGCUGUAGGUGUCUCUACCCAUCUCUCACUGUCUUCCUUCCAUCUUUUUCUCACACCCUCUAUUUAAAAAUAUGGCUACCUGAAAUGGAAUCAUGCAGUCACCGAGCCCCAGUGAUAACUCUGGUAGUAAAUAAUAAAUCAGUCAGGAAGUUUCAUUUACCAUACUUCCUUGCGGAAAAGCAUUUCCUCGGACUCCCAAGUCCAAAUUAGGCAGUUGGGUUCUGCAAAUCAGCAUGCCUUUUCUCUUUCCUUCUCUUUUUGGGAAUCCUGCCCUAGAUCUGCUACUUUCCUCCCUCCUCUCCUCUCUGUCCUGGUCCCCCGAGUCAUCUGAGAGAAGGAUGAGCCUGAAGGGUGUUAUGUGCUUGGGAAGGGGUUUCUGAGCUGUGUGGUCUGGGUCAGAGAUGGGCCUGGGCAGGAGUCUGGGCCAAGGCUGGAGGAGCCUGAGAAAGGAGCCCAUCUAAGGCACACAGGGCUUGUGCAAUGUCAGAUUCGAGCACAUGGUGUCAGGGCUUUCCCUUACUCAUGCCCUGUUCGGUUCCCUGGAAGCCCUGGGACUCAGGCAGGGAGCAACCUGAACAGGAGUGACACCAGGCUGGCUGCACCAUGGGAGUCAGGUCCUUGCCUGUCCUGCCCUCCAGCCUGUCUCAGUGACUAUGACCUAGGUCAUGCCCCUUGUAUGAACAGGCCCAGAGGAGGUGCUCGGUGAUCGAGAAUGAUGAAGUGGUGGUAACAGAAGGAAGAGGAUGUGCAUGUUGGCCCUGGGGUAGAGCCUAGGAUACAUGCCUGAGGCCACCCGCUCCUUCCUGGUGCCACAGAUACUGGGUGGAGCCUGGCUUCUCAUAAGUGAAAUAAAAGUGAUUUGGUUUUUGGCAGCCAGGCUGUGGUGCACCUCGUAGAAUGUGCACACAUUCCCAUGAGCGAGGUCCCAGGAUUAAGCCCCCAGUUCCCCCCUGCAGGGAGGAGUCUUCAUAAGUGGUGAGGCAGUGCUGCAGGCUUGUCUCUCUCCCCCUUCCCUGUUGAUUUCUCUCUUUCUCUAUCUAAUAAAAAGAUUAUAUAUAUAAUUGAUGACCAGAAGAUAGUUUACCUGCUAAGGGUGUAUGCCUUGCCAUGGGAGGGGUCUGAGUUCAACCAUGGCACUGGGGUAACUGAUGCCAUAGUCUCUCUUUUUCUCUAUCUCUAAGAUAAAAAGGGCGAAAAAGUCAUCCCAGGAGCAGUGAGGUCCUCCUGCCAGGCUCCCUGGAAACUUCUGUGAGACUCUAGCUGGCCCUGAGGACAGGCACUCUAGUGGAGUGAUGGGGGCAGCGAGGACUGAGGUGUCCCUUGUGGCAUGCACAGGUGAGUUUAGCAAAACACAACCUUGCUCUUAGAAAGGUUAGCUUCUCUCUCUCUCUCUUUCUCUCUCUAUCCCUUAGCCCAAGUAGGGGUGACUGGAGCCCAGGAGCUAGCUCACCUGAUAAGGUGAGCAUCUUGCAUUGUCUAGGGCCUGAAUUUAAACCCUAGCACAGCAUGGGAACACCACAACAUCAGGAGAAACUCAGGUGCUGUGACAGCACCCUCCAUCCCCAGAAGUAAAAAGGGUGAAAAAGGUAGCUCAAGAGUGAUGAUUCAAGAAUUGUACAGGUGCAAGACUCAUCAUAGAGGGGAAAAAAAAAAAAGAAGUUGGUAUGAUUAUAGUGGUCUCUCGGCCUCCAUUGAGCCUGUUCAGUAGGACGUAAGGGCAGCUCUGUCCAGCCUCCCUUGGCUGCCUGCUUCCUCCCCCUCACACAGCCUUGGCAGAAGCUGGGUCAGGCAGGGCUGGCUGGAGUGAUCUGGUUGAUCUCUUCAGAUCUCUCUCCUCCCAGCAGCCCUUUUUCCUGGUCUCCAGGCAACUUCUCAGCUGGCAGCCUGCAGGCAACACUGAAACCAGAGAAAGGGGGACCCCAUGGCUUCCCACAAGUGCACUGCUCCUCUCCCGCCUAUCUGCCCCCACCUACAUGUCUGAAAGCAGGAAUCUGGAAGGUUCUUCCCUUCCGUUCUGCAAGGGUGGCUUUGCCAGCAUACCUAGCCUGGCCCUUGGACUCGGAACUCCUGAGCCGUUUAUUUGGGGAUUUGGGGACAGUCUUGAGGACAGCAGAGGUGCUGAGGAGAAAGAGAGAGAUUGUGUGUGUGUGUGUGUGUGUGUGUGUGUGUGUCUGUCCCCAGAGAACCCUGGGCCUAUAGCCCUGCUUCUGAUCUCUGUACCAGCAAAAAGCAUCUAGUGUUUACCCCAGCUGACACGUCUGAGAAGAAGGGCCAGGGUCCUCCUUCUCAUACCCCAUGCAGGACUCUACCAUAGCCCAGCCCUGGACUUCUGAAUGGGGACUCCCAUCUACAGGCCUGCAGGUGGCUGAGAACUUCUUCCUACCUCCUAGAACAUGUGAGCAGGCAGGAAAGGUGGAGUGGCUGCCUACUGGUGUGCCCAUGAUCUCUCUGGAGCCCCAGGCCACUGCCCCCAGUGGCUUUAAGUUCAUCCACACAGAGGACUGGAUUUGGACAUGGAGGACUGGAUGUCAGAGGAAACAACCGCACCCCUUCUCAGAGAGUAAGAAGUGCCUCUGCCCCACCCAUGCCUGUACUAUAAGUUCCUAAUUUAUCACUGUACAGAAAUCCACCCUGCUAUUUAAUUUUGUAUGAAAGGAAAAUAAAGUCUGGUUUCUUA